AUGGCGAUCAAAAGCGUAGCCGUUAUUGGUGCCGGUCCGGCGGGCGCCAUUGCCGUCGAUGCCCUAGCACAAGAAAAGACAUUCGACGUUAUCCGUGUAUUUGAAAGACAAGAGAAAGCCGGUGGAUGCUGGGUAUCAAGAGACGACGCACCGCCACAACUAUCCGAUUUCGACAGGCUGGCUGCCAGAACGGCAGAUGCGCCUCUUGAAAUCCCCGCGCAGCUUCCUUGCCGGCGGCCAGUCGUCUCGCAGGACAGAUUCACGGAUUCAGCCGUGUACCCGACGCUAGAGACGAACGUGGAUGCGGGUGCGAUGUCAUUUUCGAAAGAGGAGAUCCCGACUGUUCGAUCGCAGUGGUCGAUUGAGAGGCAUGGGGAGGAUACGCCUUUUCGACACCAUUCAGUUAUUAGGAAGUAUAUUGAGGAUUUGUUCCAGCGGAAUGGGUACCAGGAUCUCGUCCAGUAUAACACUACUGUUGAGCGCGCGAUUAAGGAUCCGAAGAGUCGGAAGUGGGUGCUUACGUUCCGACGGACGGAAUCCACGGUUAAUGGGGAGAAGGAGGAUUAUUGGUGGUCGGAGGAAUUUGACGCUGUUGUUGUUGCUUCGGGACACUAUGCGGUUCCGUGGGUUCCGGUUAUUCCUGGUUUGAAGGAGUUUGCAAAGAGGUAUCCUGGUAGUGUGGAGCAUACGAAGCAUUAUCGCGGUCCAGAGAAGUACAAGGGAAAGAAAGUUAUUACGGUUGGAGCGUCUGUUUCAGCUGCCGAUACGGCUGUUAGUCUGGUUGAUAGCGCGCAGAGUCCGGUGAUUGCUGUUGUUCGCGGUCGUUACAAUUCCUACUUCGGCGACCUUGCAUUCCAGCACCCGAAGAUCCAGCGUCGUCCGCCUAUCUCGCACAUCACGAGUAAUGAUCAAGGCGAGCGGACAGUGCAUUUCGAAGACGGCACUUCAGAAAGCGAUGUCGACAAUAUCAUUCUUGGAACUGGGUUCAGCUGGACUCUACCUUUCUUGCCGCAGGUUGCGACGCGAAAUAACCGCGUGCCGAAUAUUUACCAGCACGUCUUCUACAGACACGAUCCAACUCUGGUGUUUGUAGGCGCUGUUGGCGCGGGCUUAACCUUCAAAGUCUUUGAAUGGCAAGCCGUAGCCGCCGCGCGCGUUCUCGCCGGCAGAGCAACCCUCCCCUCCAUCGCGGAGCAAGAAAAAUGGGAAUCUGAUCGAAUCGCCGUGAAAACAGACGGCCCCGGAUUCACAGUCCUCAACCCGGAGUUCGAAGAGUACUUCGAAGCACUCCGCAUUCUGGCCGGUGAGCCCGCUGAAGGCGCGCCAGGGCGGCGCCUCCCUCGGUUUGAACAAAAAUGGCUCAACGAUUUCAACGCGGGCCACGAGCGCCGGAAGAAAAUGUGGCGUCGAGCCAAUGAAGCUGCCCGUACUGCCCGACUGUAG